CCGCCGCGGGUCACCUGUGCGCGCAAAAGGGCGAUCCAGGAAGGCGAAAGGGAAGCAGAGCGAGCGCGCCCGCGCACGACCCACUUCAAGCGGGCGAGAGAGAGAGAGGAGAAAAGAAGGAGAAAAAGAAGGAGAAAAAGAAAAGAAGAAAGAAAGAAGAAACCUCCUCCAGGGCGAGCACCGGAUGUGCCUGGAUCAGCCCCCGUCUGGGUUUUCCCCCUUGGCUUUGUAGGGCAGGCCGAAAGUUGCGUCUGGAAGCGAGACAAAAGUUGGAGAGAACUUUGCUCCCGUCGUCAGCAGUUCGACUUUUUUUUCCUUUUCUUUUUUCCUUUUCUUUUGGGGGAAUUCUUGACUCUCUCUUCCCGCAUCAUCGCUCGCUCCCUUCCCCAACACCCCCCUCCCCACUCAACGCCCCCCCUCCACGCCAAAGCGAUUAAUCGAUACAUGAAGGCUCCCCUCUCCUAACGCGAAGGAAAGAUGAAUAUCUAUCGCCCACCGUCGGGGGCCAAAACGAAGGUCUCCGGCCUGAAAUACAGCAGCAAGACCGAGGAUAUGAACGGCCUUGAGGAAGGGGUGGAGUUCCUCCCCACCAUGAAUACCAAGAAGCUUGAGAAGCGUGGUCCAAAAUGUUGGGUGGUGGUGGUCAUCGUGGUAUCCAUCUCCGCGGUCGUUUCUCUGACGGUUGGGAUGCUGGUUUGGCACUUCAAAUACAGGGCUGCCGUGGUGAAGAAGUCAUACAACGGCCACAUGAAACUGAUAGGCACACAGUUCAUCGAUGCCUACGAGGAUUCCAGCUCUCCUGAAUUUGCUGCAUUGGCAGAGAAGGCAAAGACGAUGGUAAGAAUUGAAACCUACAGCUGCAAUUAUGCGUUGCACGCCAAAGAAGGGAAAGUGAUCAGCUUUGCCACGCCAGGAUUCCCAAACAGCCCUUACCCAUCCAACAUGCGCUGCUUCUGGGCGCUGAGAGCUGAUGCCAACGCAGUCAUUAGCCUGACCUUCACUAGCUUUGACGUCGAGGGAUGCAACCAAGGCAAGGAUUUUGUCAAGGUGUACAACUCUUUGAGCCCAGUGGAAGAACGCUCGCUGGUGAAUGAGGGCAGUGUGCUUGCUUACUUCUUGUCCACGUUCAGUGUUCCUAAAUACAAGACGGAUAUUCUUGAAAAUGCCAUGGCCAAUUUCCAUAAUUUAAAACUAUCAGGACCGGGAAGAGGGCGUUUGAAGGAAUUUCACAUUGAGUCUCUCACCGCUUUUCGAAACUUGCAUUUUCUCUUUUCCUCCUCAGAAUGUCCUCCUGAUAGCUUCAAGUGCAAUAAUGGCAAUUGUAUCCCAAUGCAGCAGAAAUGCAAUGGAAAAGCAGACUGCGAAGACGGCAGCGACGAGGGGGAGUGUGGCUCCGUGGACACCGUUACCUGUCAAGCAUACACCUACAAAUGCCGCAACAAUUUGUGUGUGAGCAAGAAGAAUCCCGAAUGUGAUGGAGCGGCAGACUGUAGUGACAAAUCGGACGAAGAGAAUUGCAACUGUGGCAUCCGGGCAUAUAGCAAGCAGUCCCGGAUUGUGGGUGGAAUGGACUCCAGUUCGGGCGAAUGGCCCUGGCAGGUCAGUCUCCAUACCCAGAAUGAUGGCCAUGUCUGUGGGGCUUCCUUGAUAUCCAACAAGUGGCUGGUCACGGCUUCCCAUUGCUUUAAUGAAAAGAACUACGUCAG